AUGAAUUCUCCGCCGAAACACACGCAUUUACGAUCACCAGUAAUCCUUUUAAAGUCUCCAGUGCUCCCAGGAGGAGUGAUCCGGUCCCCAAGACCCAAGGACUCUCAUGUCGAUCUGCCCAGCGAGCAGGUUGUUGAGGAUGUCGUGGAUAUCAUCAAAACCGAGGAGCGCAAAAACUGGCUUAGAGGGCUCCUCUAUCUGUUCCUGACGGUGGCGGCCUGGGUGUUUGGACUACAGCUGACAAACAAUGUUUUGAAGGGAGACUCUUAUCAGCAUCCCUUAUUUGUGGCCUAUAUAAAUGGAGGUCUUUUUGUCAUUUUCGGGAUCAAGCCCACGCUCAAAAGUCUGAUCAAGGCUUUCAGAGCCUCAGAGCCUAAGCUCGACGAUUCUGCCUUCAAUUCCUACGAUUCUUGCGACUCUUCAAGCAUAAUUCUCCUCGCUCCUUCCACGCACCUUUCACUCAAAGAAUUGAUAAUUGUUGCGGUCCAGGCUGGUCUUAUCUAUUAUGCAAAUGCUGCCUUGGGCGCAAUUGCUUUACAGUAUACCAGUGCAUCCAACCAAACGAUUCUCACAACCACAAGCUCCGUUUUUACGCUUCUGCUCAGUUAUAUAUGUGGUGUCGACACAUUGUCCCUAGGCAAGAUAGUUUCUGUCCUGGUCAGCAUCGCAGGAAUAUGUUUGAUAACGCUCAACAGCUCGCCGUCUUCCGAAUCCACAUCCUCCAAUCCAAUGCUGGGGAAUUGCAUUGCCCUUUGUGGGACGUUUCUCUAUUCUUGCUACCUAGUCCUUUUGAGGGUCAAGAUAGGCAAAGAGACAGGCCCUGACAACGAAAAGCUCAUAUUUGGUCUUUUGGGACUCAGCAUUCUCAUAUUGGCCUGUCCGCUACUUCUGAUCGCAAACUUCCUUGGAUUCGAAAAACUCUCUCUUCCAGAUAGCUCUACGAUUUUCUGGAUUGUCUUCAUUGGAGGGCUAUUUAACUGCCUCUCAGACUAUUUUUCGAUCUUGGCAACCUUGUUGACCUCUCCGCUGAUAACCGCAUUGUCACUCUCCACCGCGAUUCCCGUCAACAUGAUUUGCGACUCUGUAUUCUACAAAGUGAAAAGCACAUCAGCUAGAUAUUAUCUUGGUAUUAUCCUUAUUUUCUCCUCGUUUGUCUUUGCUAAUUUGUCCAACGAGGACGAAAUGGUGCAGGAGGCUAUCGAGGAGGCCAUCGAAGAGGCAAUUCAAAACGACGAAAUGCUUUCUCCGUUCUUGUCGCCUUAUCUGCAGCAGCAAGGUCGUAUGGACGAUGUCCCAAAAAUGAACAUCAACACUUCGCAAAGAACAGGUCCGCCCACACAGGUGGUGGUUGCUGGAGGACACAACCAUAGGUACUUCAUCAGAGAAAUUCUACCAAGUUAA